CUCACCUUCUCUUACCACACCGACAACCACCAUUUCAACAAAUCCACAGACUCCAGCUUUGAAACUUGGUAUAACACGCACAUCAAACAACACAUCAAAAUGUCAACCUCCGCCCCCACUUCCACCGCCAUAAUCGGCUCAACCGGCCUCGUCGGCUCCCACAUACUCUCAACCCUCCUCACCUCACCCACCACCUCCUCCCAAGUCCAAACCAUCUCCCGCCGCGCGCCCGCCAACCCAACCAACUCCUCUCGCCUUUCUCCCACCGUCAACGCCGCCACCUCAACGUGGCCUACCCUCCUCUCCUCCCUGGUUCCCUUGCCGACAACCGUCAUCUCCUCUCUGGGAACCACUCGCGUCGCGGCAGGCGGCAUCACCAACCAGUGGAAGAUUGACCACGACCUCAACGUGGACCUAGCCAAAGCCGCCCAACAAGCGGGCGUCAAGAACUUUGUCUUUAUCUCGUCCGCGGGGACUAGGGGCGCUUUGAGCACCAAGGUGCCUUAUUCGCAGAUGAAGCGCGGAGUGGAAGAUACGAUUCAGUCUCUGGAUUUCGAGCACGGCAUCAUCCUCAGGCCGGGCUUGAUCUUGGGAGAGAGGGAGAAGGCGCAGCAUGCGGGUCAGGGAUUGUUGUAUGGGCUGGUAAGGGGAUUGGGGAGGUGGGUUAGCUUGGGCGUGCAGGAUCGGUUUGCGCAGGAGGCGGAGGUGAUUGCGAGGGCGGCGGUCAAGGCGGCGAAAAUGGCGGAGGAGGGGAAGGCGCCGGGGAAGUGGUGGGUGUUGGAACAGGAUGAGAUUGUCAAGUUGGGGAGGGAUGAAUGGAAGGAGUAAGGGGGGUGUUUGGGAAGAGAUUCAUUACGGGAUGUGACGUGGGAAAGAAGGGAAUCGAUCAGCCACAAAGUUUUCAAUAAGUGUCCAGCUUGAAGGGGCUAUAGAUCAUGAAGGUAAUACCAGGUGGUGAAGAGGGUAGUGGUGCAUAAACGAACACAGACCAGACGUUGAGCACGAUGCAAUUUGACUU